AUGGAUUUUGAUAAAGACACAUAUGCCAACAAGCCCAGAAAAAAGGAUUACAUUGGUGUUACAUUUUCAGGUAUCAAUGCAAUACAUGUUCAGUGGUGGAAGAGACCCUCUGGAGUUGCUGCAGUGUGUCUGGGGCUGCUGUGUGUUCUCCUACUGGCUGGGAUCAUAGGCCUGUCUGUCUACUAUAACCGAGUCAUUGGUCAUUGCUACUCUGCAGAGAGAUUCCAGACGUCCGGUUUGAACAACCUGACUAAAGAGAGAGACCAGCUACAGACCAGUUAUAACACCCUGUCUAAAGAGCGAGACGAGCUACAGACCAGAUACAACACCCCGACUAAAGAGAGAGACCAGCUACAGACCAGAUACAACACCCUGACUAAAGAGAGAGAUCAGCUACAGACCAGAUACAACAACCGGACUAAAGAGAGAGACCAGCUACAGACCAGUUACAACAACCUGACUAAAGAGAGAGAUCAGCUACAGACCAGUUACAACAACCUGACUAAAGAGAGAGACCAGCUACAGACCAGUUACAACACCCUGACUAAAGAGAAAGACCAGCUACAGACCAGUUAUAACACCCUGACUAAAGAGAAAGACCAGCUACAGACCAGUUAUAACACCCUGACUAAAGACAGAGACCAGUUACAGACCAGAUACAACACCCUGACUAAAGAGAGAGACCAGCUACAGACCAGUAGUAACACCCUGACUAACAAGAGAGACCAGUUACAGACCAGUUACCACACCCUGACUAAAGAGAAAGACCAGCUACAGACCAGUUAUAACACCCUGACUAAAGAGAGAGACCAGCUACAGACCAGUUACAACACCCUGACUAAAGAGAGAGACCAGUUACAGACCAGUUACCACACCCUGACUAAAGAGAAAGACCAGCUACAGACCAGUUAUAACACCCUGACUAAAGAGAGAGAC